AUGGAAAAACUCUACAAUGACAACGAAGGAAAGCUGGAGAGCCAGGGAAAGCCUGCAGCUGAAGUGGAGGCUGGAGAUGAUGGAAGUUCAGAUGAGGAAGAAAGGCUGGAAGUGGGGAGGAAGCCAGGGCACGCAGGGAAGCUCCAGGAUGAGGGACAUCCAGAUGAUGAGGGACAACCAGAAGAUGAGGGGAAGCAAGAAAAGCAGGGCAAGGCCGGAGAUGAGGGAGAACCUCGUGGGGAGGCAAAGCCCGGGAGCGAGCUGCGAGCCACCGAAAAGUGCCCGGCUGAAGAUUAUGUGCCCUGGAAAGCAAAAAGAAAAAUGGACAGGGACAUGGACGAUUCCCCCAAGGACUAUCAGGAGGACUUCCAGGAAAGACAUCUGGGCAGUGAGGAGAUGAUGAGAGAACGCGGAGAUGUGUCAAGGGCUCAGGAAGAGCUAAGGUAAAAACAGAAAAUGGGCAGUUUGCAAAGGAUGCAAAGAGAUGUAUGGGAUCCAU